GCCAUGGAAAAAAACGAGAAAACAACACUGUUCGACAGAGUAUCUUCUUGGUCUAUCAAAGAUAUUCUCAACAGAGACCUCUUCAAGCAAAAGAGAAAGACAAUACCAGACAGGUUUGGAACUGUCGAUGAAUACGUUCACUGCUUCAUUCCUCACCUACUCGAAGAAACUCGAACCGAGUUGUUCUCGAGCUUAAAAUCUUUAUCUAGGUCUCCUGUCUUUUUCACACAUUCUAUGGAGAAAAGGAUGAAGGAAUCUAGUGGAAGUUCGUCGAACACAUUGCUCUACGACAUAACAUUAAGCAAUGAAGAUAAUUUUAGUGCCAAGUACCAGCCAAAAUGUGGAGAUCUCAUUGCUCUGACCAAGACAAGGCCAAGAAGAAUUGAUGACUUGGAUCCUUUACUUCUUGCCUACGUAUUCAAGAUGGAUGGUGAUCUUAUCAUCUCUGUGCAUGUGUCUAGAUCGUUAUCUCUUGGUGAGAAACAUUCAAUUCGUUUUGGUGUUUCCCUCACGACUUUAACGACAAACACAAGAAUUUGGAAUGCUUUGCACAACGAAGCUGCUAAUUCGACCCUGAUCCAGAGUGUUCUUCAGGGAAAUAAUCAGGCUACAGAAGAGUGUUUUUGUUUUGGUAAUGACGAUGACGAUUCUGACCGUGUUUUGGAUAUAAUCCGUUCAACCAAAUUGAACACAUCCCAAGAAGCUGCAAUCUUGAGCUGCGUGAAGACAACAAACUGUAGUCACAAGAACACUGUCAAACUAAUAUGGGGACCUCCGGGUACAGGCAAAACGAAGACCGUUGCGACUCUUCUCUUUGCUCUUCUCAAGCUACGGUGCAAAACAGUUGUGUGUGCUCCUACAAACACAGCUAUUGUAGAGGUAACACAGAGACUUUUGGCUCUAUUUAAGGAAAACUGCUCGUCAGAACUUGCUACUUAUGGGCUGGGGAGUAUUGCCUUAUCCGGAAACCUAGAGAGAAUGGGAAUAGACAACAAGGAUGAUUUUCUCAAUGUGUUUCUUGAUGAGCGCAUUGCGAAACUUGGUAACCUGUUUUCGCCAUCAUCUUCUGGAUGGGACCACAUAUUGGAGACACUGAUACUUUUUCUUCAGAACACAGAGUCUAUGUACAGUGAUUAUGUAGAUCGAUUUGAGGAGGAAGAAGAGAGAGAGUUUACUUAUGGAGAGUUUGUAAGAAAGCUUUUUAAUGGGUUAAGUGAAGAGCUGGAGACGGAUAUGGAUGAUCUUUGCACUCAUCUGCCAAAGUCUUUCAUUUCACCUCGAGUUGUGAGGAAAAUGAUGGCAGCCCGUCAAGCGCUUCAACGCGUCAGAUACUUCUUGAAGGAGAAUAGCUCCGGAGAUGAGUUGAUAGAAGGAAGCUUUAAAAUGGACUGCUUCAAGAGACUCGUCACUGUUGACUGUCUUCAGGCUCUAAGUUUGCUACCAAAACGUUUUGAGGAGAUUCCAGACUUGUUGGAAACUGAGGAUAUCAAGAAAUUUUGUCUCCAAAACGCGGAUAUAAUCUUCUGCACAGCCUCAGGUGCAGCGGAACUGAAUCCAGCAAGAACAGGAAGUAUAGAGCUCCUCGUGGUCGAUGAGGCGGCUCAGCUUAAAGAAUGUGAAUCAGUUGCUGCACUGCAGCUUCCUGGUUUGCGUCACACUGUUCUAAUAGGAGAUGAGUACCAGUUACCUGCAAUGGUUCAUAAUGAGGAAUGCGAGAGGGCGAAGUUCGGAAGAAGUUUGUUUGAGAGGUUGGUUCUGCUUGGUCACAACAAGCAUUUGCUCAACGUUCAGUACCGGAUGCAUCCUUCCAUCAGCCGUUUCCCCAACAAGGAGUUUUAUGGCGGGAGGAUCACAGAUGCUGAGGUUGUUCAAGAAAGCAUUUAUCAGAAGAGGUUUCUUCAAGGAAACAUGUUUGGUUCCUUCUCUUUUAUCAACGUUGGUCGCGGAAAAGAAGAGUUCGGUGAUGGACAUAGCCCUAAGAACAUGGUUGAAGUUGCUAUGAUUGCUGAGAUCAUAUCUAAUCUUUCCAAAGUUUCAAGGGAAAGAAGGAUGAAUGUGAAUGUUGGAGUGAUUUCACCUUACAAAGGACAAGUCAGAGCCAUCCAAGAGAGAGUCGGUUCCUUAUCAUCAGGUCAGCUUUUGACUCUGAACGUUCGAUCUGUGGACGGGUUUCAAGGAGGAGAGGAAGACAUCAUCAUCAUCUCAACCGUUAGAAGUAACGGUAACGGCAAAGUGGGGUUUCUGAGCAACCGGCAGAGAGCAAACGUGGCACUGACUAGAGCGAGGCAUUGUUUGUGGGUGGUUGGGAACGAGACGACUUUGGCACUAAGUGGUUCGAUAUGGGGGAAGCUGAUAAGCGAGGCAAGGUCACGUGGAUGUUUCUUUGAAGCUGCUGAUGAGAAGAAUCUGAGAGAUGCCAUGAAUGAGGCUUUGCUGGAAGAUGUGUCUUCGAGUUUUGGAACUCUUUCUAUUGGGAGGAAUAGGGGAAGAGGUGGUUGGUAGUUUUUUUUU